UAACCUAAGUUUCUUCACAAGGGAAAUUGUCGUGGCAUAUCCGAAAGAUAGUAGAUUUGAUUAAUUGUCGAUGAUUUUUAAGUCUUCUUUGUACCUUUCCUUUCAUCUCCGUUCCACUCUGAUCUAAAUCAGGUCAACUCCUCAUAAAAGUCGUCGCCAUAAUUAAUUUAUUAUCGCUAGGUUCACAUGCGUUCUCCACUUUAUUAAUUUGCAUGCCUGGCUCCGGAAUUUCUAUCCGUCAAGUAAGAUUCUCUCGCCAAGCACAGAAGAGUAGAGGCUGCAGAAUCAGGCGAUGGAUUCCAUUCCGCCGCCACGAAACGACGGCGACAAGCCGGACGACGGUUUUGUGUCUGUCAACGUCGCGGAACUCGUCGCCGCAGCGGACCGUCCUCCAGCAACUCCAAGAUCUAUGAUAAAGAGCCUGUCGAGGAAAGGAGGUCCACCAAGAAGCGGUGGCGUCGGAGGAGAAGCAGUCGCCGUCGCCCCUGAAGGGUCCAGCGCGAAGGAUAAGCCGCUCUACGUAGCCGUCGAAAGGGAGGCCGAUGCCGCGGCCGCCGUAAACAGACACAGACGAGCUGCCACCGUGCGGCGGCCGGCUGCAUGGCGUGAUCCCAGAAGAGUGCUUUUGGUCUUCGCUUCCUUGUCUUGCAUGGGGACGCUGAUACUCCUCUACUUCACUCUCACGAUGAGCAGGAUGAACGCCGGCACCAGCGCCGACGAGGACGAUCCCAGGUGACGCGCCCUCAGGAUUCCACACCACCAUUCGCGGCACACUUCACCACUCCAAAAGUUUCCCUUUUUCUUUCUUUUUGGCGGAUAAAGAAUAAACACAGAAAACAUGUGUGAUAUUAUUCCACUAGUUGCUUGCGGACCCGCGAGGAGUGGGCGUCUCCCGCGAGAUAAGGAAAGAGCAUGUAGGGUUUGCAGACAGGAGAUUACCUGAACGUGUAAGCAAGAUACAUAAAAAGGUGUGAACUUAAAGAGGCAUGUGCCAUGUGUUGAAUUCAGUUGUAUGUCAAUUGAAUUGCCUACUCAAUUUGUUA